AUCCAGAGAUUGAGAAGCCAGGAUUCGUAGUGACCACGGAAUAAUUGGUUCAAGGUGUGAAUGCAAAUGACUCCUGGAGAACGAGGCUGAUUUGGGACCAGCUGAAAUGAAUAAGUUCAGAUCUCUGUGGUCUUGAGACAGCUUGGUUUACCCUGGGGGUCCAUAACUACCUGUGAUUCAGAGCCCUUCCCUGGGGGAGCCACAGGUGACAGGGACUGAAUAAGAGCCACCCUGCUUUAUACAGUGUGUAUGUAUAUCACAGUGGAAAAAACACUACCAUAUAUGAAAGGCAGCAGCAUGGCCAGCGUUCUGUCCCGGCGCCUUGGCAAGAGGUCCCUCCUGGGCGCCCGGGUGUUGGGGCCACCCGGGGCUGCCCCACCCUUGGAGCCUCAGGCAGAGCUGCUUGAGGCGGCGGCGCCCCAGCCCUUCCUUGUCUCUAAGGACACGUCCUGCCAGGAGCAGCCCAAGGAACUCCUCAAGGCUCCAGGCACCUCAGGCCUCCAGCAGGUGGCCUUUCAGCCCGGGCAGAAGGUUUGUGUGUGGUAUGGAGGUCAAGAGUGUACAGGACUGGUGGAGCGGCAUAGCUGGGCAGAGGAUAAGGUGACUGUCUGGCUGUUGGACCAGAAGUUACAAAUCUGCUGCAAAGUGGAGGAGGUGUGGCCGGCCGAGCUGCAGAGCCCCAUCCCCCAGGCGCCACCUCCCGAGCAGGGAACCCAGGCACCAGCCUACAGGCCUGUCUCCAGGAACAUUGAUGUCCCAAAGAGGAAGUCGGAUGCAGUGGAGAUGGACGAGAUGAUGGCAGCUAUGGUGCUGACGUCCCUGUCCUGCAGCCCCGUGGUGCAGAGUCCUCCUGGGGUCGAGACCAACUUCUCUGCUUCCCGCGCGGCCUGUGACCCGUGGAAGGAGAGCGGCGACGUGUCGGACAGCGGCAGUAGCACCACCAGCGGGCACUGGAGUGGGAGCAGCGGCGUCUCCACCCCCUCGCCCCCCCACCCCCAGGCCAGCCCCAAGUAUUUGGGGGACGCCUUUGGCUCUCCCCAAACUGAUAACGGAUUUGAGACCGACCCGGACGCUUUCCUGUUGGAUGAACCAGCUCCCCGCAAAAGAAAGAACUCGGUGAAGGUGAUGUACAAGUGCCUGUGGCCCAACUGUGGCAAAGUCCUGCGCUCCAUCGUGGGCAUCAAGCGCCACGUCAAAGCCCUCCACCUGGGGGACACCGUGGACUCCGACCAGUUCAAGCGGGAGGAGGAUUUCUACUACACAGAGGUGCAGAUGAAGGAGGAAGCUACUGCCGCUGGCGGCUCCACCGUUGACCCGGCUCCCACGCCCAGCGUGACCAGCCCGCCCCUUGCCGUUCUCCCUCCGCCUCCUCCCAAAGCCCAGUCCUCAGGCCCAGAUCACCCUGGCCUGGAGUCCUACCUGCCCUCUGGUGCUCUCAGCAAGUCAGCUCCUGGCUCCUUCUGGCAUAUUCAGGCCGACCACGCAUACCAGGCCCUGCCGUCCUUCCAGAUCCCCGUCUCACCGCACAUCUACACCAGUAUUAGCUGGGCCGCUGCCCCCUCUACGGCCUCCUCCCUCUCUCCGGUCCGGAGCCGGUCGCUCAGCUUCAGCGAGCCCCAGCAGCCUCCACCCGCCAUGAAAUCUCACCUGAUUGUCACUUCUUCACCCCGGGCCCAGAGCAGCACCAGGAAAGCCCGCGGGGAGGCUAAGAAGUGCCGCAAGGUGUACGGCAUCGAGCACCGGGACCAGUGGUGCACAGCCUGCCGCUGGAAGAAGGCCUGCCAGCGCUUCCUGGACUGAGCUGUCCAGCAGCCCUGCCCGGCGGCCAGAGGACAAAGGCAGACGCCUCCUAAGCCCUCAGCAGAAACCUAAAAGCUAAAGCGUGGACAUUGGGAGUUUGGGCUCUAUUGGCUAAGGUUUAAUACUUAAAACGUCUUUCCCUCCCUCACGGGAACGUUUUAUUUAAAAAAAACAAAACAAAAAAAAAACCCCAUGAAAAUAUUUUUCCCCCCUAAAAUAGAAGAGAGCCAAAACUGACCAAGGGUAUUCUGCAGCGAACCAGAGACCAAAGAACUGAUUCCGCUCCCCUCCCCACCCCCCCA